CCCUUCUCUCAGGUGCGGUGGGAGUCGGAGGCUGGUGUCGCCGGCUGCAAUGCACUGCGCCCCGCCCUUGGAGGAGGCGCCUUCUUUUUUGCCGGUAGGAGAUGCAGCUACUCGCCAGCUCCUUCUGUUAAGCGGUGCUGCCGUUGUUGGGUAAGGAGAACUGCGGCCUAGCUCAAACUGGGAAUUAUAGUGAAGUAUUACAAGAAACUGAAGCAUCAUGGCAGAUGAUAGUGAAUGGAUGAAAUUAUCCAUUGAUCAAAAAUGUGAACACAAGGUGUGGAAAGCCAGAUUAAAUGGGUAUGAAGAAGCACUGAAGCUGUUUGAGAAGAUAGAUGAUGAAAAGAGCCCUGAAUGGUCCAAAUUCCUUGGACUUAUAAAGAAAUUUGUGACAGACUCAAAUGCAGUGGCUCAGCUGAAAGGAUUAGAAGCUGCACUUGCUUAUGUUGAAAAUGCUUACGUAGCAGGAAAAACAACAGGUGAGGUCGUGUCUGGAGUUGUAAAUAAAGUGUUCAAUCAGCCUAAGGCUAGAGCAAAGGAAUUGGGCAUAGAUAUAUGCCUUAUGUUUGUUGAAAUCGAGAAAGGGGAAAUGGUACAAGAAGAACUGCUUAAAGGCUUGGACAACAAGAACCCCAAGAUUAUUGUGGCAUGCAUAGAGACGCUGAGGAAAGCACUAAGUGAAUUUGGUUCAAAAAUAAUUACCCUGAAGUCAAUAAUCAAAGUGUUGCCAAAACUCUUUGAAUCUCGAGAGAAGGCUGUUCGAGAUGAAGCCAAACUCCUUGCUGUUGAGAUUUAUCGAUGGAUUAAGGAUGCUCUUAGGCCUCCAUUACAGAACAUAAACUCUCUUCAGUUAAAAGAACUGGAAGAAGAAUGGGUCAAACUGCCAUCAUCUACUCCCAAGCAGUCCAGAUUUCUUCGAUCCCAGCAAGAAAUGAAAGCAAAGUUUGAGCAACAGCAGGCAGCUGGUGGAGAUGCAGACGCAGGAGGAGAUGAUGGUGAUGAUGAAGUUUCGCAAGUAGAUGCUUAUGAACUUUUGGAAGCUGUUGAAAUUCUCUCCAAACUUCCUAAAGAUUUCUAUGACAAAAUAGAGGCCAAAAAGUGGCAGGAAAGAAAAGAAGCUUUGGAAGCAGUAGAAGUGCUGGUUAAAAAUCCCAGAUUGGAAGCUGGAGAUUAUGCAGACUUGGUGAAAGCUCUUAAGAAGGUUGUUGGAAAGGAUACAAAUGUGAUGUUGGUUGCUUUGGCUGCCAAAACCCUUGCUGGACUUGCUGCUGGUCUCAGGAAGAAAUUUGGACAGUAUGCUGGUCAUGUUGUCCCAACUAUUCUAGAGAAGUUCAAAGAGAAAAAGCCUCAGGUUGUGCAAGCCUUGCAAGAAGCCAUUGAUGCAAUCUUUCUAACUACCACGUUACAAAAUCUCAGUGAGGAUAUCUUGGCUGUAAUGGAUAACAAAAACCCAACCAUCAAGCAGCAGACAUCCCUCUUCAUUGCACGAAGCUUUCGUCACUGCACUCCUUCUACACUUCCCAAAAGUCUCCUGAAACCUUUCUGUGCUGCUCUCCUCAAGCACAUCAAUGAUUCGGCUCUGGAAGUUAGAGAUGCUGCAUUUGAAGCUCUGGGCACUGCCCUAAAAGUGGUAGGUGAGAAAGCUGUGAAUCCUUUCCUAACAGAUGUGGACAAACUGAAGCUAGACCGGAUUAAAGAGUGUGCUGAAAAGGUAGAGUUGGUUGGUGGAGGUAAAGUCGUUGGAGGAGCCGAUAGAAGAGAAAACAAAGCUGUUGCUGGCAAGACACCAAUUCUUUCUGGAGCUGCAGGCGACAAAGAUAUGAAAGAUAACUCAGCUAAAUCUGGGCCGUUGAAAAAGGCUCCCACUGCUAAGGCUGGCGGUCCAGUGAAGAAAAGCAAACCAGCUUCAGCUGGGGGAGCAGGAAAUACUGGAACAAAAGCCAAAAAAGGAACUGAAGUAAAAGAGAUAUUUGAGCCAGAACUCUCAAUAGAGAUGUGUGAGGAGAAGGCUUCAGCUGUCCUCCCAGCUGCGUGCAUACAGCAGUUAGAUAGCGGCAAUUGGAAGGAAAGGCUGGCUUGCAUGGAAGAAUUUCAAAAGGCUGUUGAGCUGAUGGAUAAAACUGAAAUGCCUUGCCAGGCUUUAGUAAGGAUGUUGGCAAAGAAACCUGGAUGGAAAGAGACCAACUUUCAGGUGAUGCAGAUAAAACUUCAUAUAGUUGCCUUGGUUGCUCAAAAGGGAACCUUUUCCAAAACAUCUGCACAAAUUGUGCUGGAUGGCCUUGUGGAUAAGAUUGGUGAUGUGAAAUGUGGGAGCAAUGCAAAAGAAGCACUAACAGCAAUAGCAGAAGCCUGUCAGUUGCCUUGGACUGCUGAGCAGGUUAUGUCCAUGGCGUUCUCCCAGAAGAAUCCAAAGAACCAAUCAGAAACUUUAAACUGGCUCUCAAAUGCAAUUAAAGAGUUUGGGUUUGCUGGAUUGAACGUGAAGGCAUUUAUCAGCAAUGUUAGAACUGCUCUCGCAGCUACAAAUCCCGCUGUGAGGACAUCUGCCAUAACCUUACUAGGUGUCAUGUUUCUAUAUGUUGGUCCCCCUUUACGAAUGUUCUUUGAGGAUGAGAAGCCUGCUCUUCUUUCCCAAAUCGAUGCAGAGUUUGAAAAAAUGCAAGGACAAACACCACCUGCUGCAACUCGAGGCAAUUCAAGACACAAUAUUGGCAGUGAUGAUGGUGAAGAAGGAGAAGAACAGGAGGAUGCAGGGAAUGAUGUUGUGGACCUCUUGCCUAGGGCUGAUAUCAGUGAUAAGAUCACAUCUGAACUGAUAUCUAAGAUUGGUGAUAAAAACUGGAAAAUCCGAAAGGAGGGUCUGGAUGAAGUUACAAGCAUCAUUAAUGAAGCCAAAUUCAUACAGCCAAACAUAGGUGAACUUACCCCUGCAUUGAAGAGUCGUCUUAAUGAUUCCAAUAAAAUCCUGAUACAACAAACGCUGACCAUCCUUCAGCAACUGGCCACUGCUAUGGGCCCAAAUAUCAAGCAACAUGUGAAAAAUUUGGGAAUUCCCAUCAUCACAAUUCUUGGAGACAGUAAGAACAAUGUACGAGCAGCUUCCUUAGCAACAGUGAAUGCCUGGACUGAGCAGACAGGCAUGAAAGAGUGGUUGGAAGGGGAGGAUCUGUCAGAAGAACUCAAGAAAGAGAACCCUUUUCUAAGGCAAGAGCUUUUAGGCUGGCUAGCUGACAAGUUGCCCACUCUCCGUACUGUCCCAUCAGACUUAGUUUUAUGUGUGCCUCACCUGUACUCUUGCCUGGAGGAUCGAAAUGGAGAUGUCCGUAAAAAGGCACAGGAUGCUCUUCCAUUUUUUAUGAUGCAUCUGGGUUUUGAGAAGAUGGCCAAAGCCACUGGCAAAUUGAAGCCAACUUCGAAAGAUCAAGUACUGGCCAUGCUUGAAAAGGCUAAAGCCAAUAUGCCUGCUAAACCUGCUCCACCAUCUAAGGCAUCUUCCAGAGCAGUGGGAGCAGCUCCAGCCAAAUCUCAAGCUGCUUCAGGUUCCAGUGAAGAUUAUUUACCUAGCACAAUGGAGACUAAACCUGAUGCCAAAAAAGCCAAAACAGGAGGAAAUGCCCCUAAAACCAAGCAUUCUGAUGCAAAUGCAUUCCUCACCAAAGGCAAUAGUAAUCUGACAAAGAACAAAGUUAUCAAACAGGGUAUACAAGGGAAAAAGGUACCAAGCAAAUCCAACUUGAAAGAUGAUGAUGACAGGUCUGGCCCAGCUUUUAUUUUAGUCCCAAAUGGGAAAGAGCAAAGAAUGAAAGAUGAGAAAGGAUUAAAGGUUUUGAAAUGGAAUUUUACUACUCCUCGUGAUGAAUAUAUAGAGCAAUUGAAGACUCAGAUGUCUAGCUGUGUUGCCAAGUGGUUACAAGAUGAAAUGUUUCAUGCAGAUUUUCAGCACCACAACAGAGCUCUUAGUGUAAUGGCUGAGCACUUGGAGAGUGAAAAAGAUGGAGUUAUCAGCUGUUUAGAUCUGAUUCUGAAGUGGAUCACUCUGAGAUUCUUUGACACCAACACAAGUGUUCUGAUGAAGACUCUGGAGUAUCUUAAGCUGCUGUUUACCAUGUUGAACCAAGAAGAAUACCACCUGACUGAAAAUGAAGCCACUUCUUUCAUCCCCUAUCUUAUCCUGAAGGUUGGGGAACCCAAAGAUGUCAUUCGGAGGGACGUGCGUGCCAUUCUGAACAGGAUGUGCCUUGUCUAUCCAGCCAGCAAAAUGUUCACAUUUAUCAUGGAUGGGACAAAGUCAAAAAACUCAAAACAGCGGGCAGAGUGCUUGGAAGAGCUGGGGUGUCUGGUUGAAUCAUACGGCAUGAAUGUGUGUCAGCCAACUCCGGGCAAAGCCUUAAAGGAAAUUGCAAUUCACAUUGGUGACAGGGACAACACAGUCAGAAAUGCUGCACUUAAUACCAUUGUUACUGUUUACAAUGUGCAUGGGGACCAGGUGUUCAAGCUGAUUGGAAAUCUUUCUGAGAAGGACAUGAGUAUGUUGGAGGAACGAAUAAAGCGGUCGGCUAAGAGGCCAAAUGCUGCUUUAGCAAGGCAGGUAGAUGAAAAACCACAGCGCAUGCAAAAUGCCAAUGCCAGUGCAAACAUGCUGCGGAAGGGAGCAGCUGACGACAUGUCUUCCAAACUCAAAAUUAUGUAUCGCACUUAUAGGAUCCAAGCCCGUAACUUGAGUGGCCAUUCAGAGACAAUGCACGCAGUUCCCCGGGAAUUUCAGCUGGAUCUGGAUGAAAUAGAAAAUGAUAAUGGCACAGUACGAUGUGAAAUGCCAGCACUUGUUCAGCACAAACUGGAUGACAUCUUUGAGCCAGUCUUGAUUCCUGAACCCAAAAUCCGUGCUGUCUCCCCACACUUUGAUGACAUGCACAGCAAUACUGCUUCUACCAUCAACUUCGUUAUCUCCCAGGUAGCCAGUGGUGAUAUCAAUACUAGCAUCCAAGCUCUAGCACAGAUUGAUGAGGUUCUGAGACAAGAGGACAAAGCAGAAGCGAUGUCUGGCCACAUUGACCAGUUCCUAAUAGCUACAUUCAUGCAGCUGCGACUCAUUUAUAAUACUCAUAUGGCUGAUGAGAAACUGGACAAGGAUGAGAUAGUCAAGUUGUACAGUUGCAUCAUUGGAAACAUGAUUUCAUUAUUCCAGAUUGAAAGCUUGGCAAGGGAGGCUUCUGCAGGAGUGUUGAAGGACUUGAUGCACGGCCUCAUUACCUUAAUGCUGGAUUCAAGGGUUGAAGAUCUAGAGGAAGGCCAGCAGGUUAUCAGAUCUGUCAACCUUUUGGUGGUAAAAGUUCUAGAGAAAUCUGACCAAACCAACAUAUUGAGUGCCCUGCUAGUUCUACUCCAGGACAGUCUAUUAGCAACUGCUAGUUCUCCCAAGUUCUCAGAACUUGUAAUGAAAUGUUUAUGGAGAAUGGUAAGACUUCUCCCUGAAACUAUCAACAGUAUCAACCUGGACCGAAUCAUGUUGGACAUUCACAUCUUUAUGAAGGUGUUUCCAAAAGAAAAACUAAAGCAGUGUAAAAGUGAAUUCCCAAUACGGACUCUAAAGACCCUGAUUCAUACGUUAUGCAAACUGAAGGGACCCAAGAUUUUAGAUCAUCUAACAAUGAUAGAUAACAAGAAUGAGUCUGAGUUGGAGGCUCAUCUGUGCAGAAUGAUGAAACACUCCCUGGACCAAACUGGAAGCAAAUCUGAUAAAGGCACAGAAAAAGGAGCUUCCCGUAUUGAUGAAAAGUCACCAAAGGCCAAAGUAAAUGAUAUUUUAGCAGAGAUAUUUAAAAAAAUUGGCUCUAAAGAAAACACUAAAGAGGGUCUGGCAGAGCUGUAUGAAUAUAAAAAAAAAUACUCUGAUGCAGACAUCGAGCCCUUCCUAAAAAACUCCUCACAGUUCUUCCAGAGCUAUGUAGAACGAGGUCUCCGGCUGAUUGAAAUGGAAAGGGAAGGCAAAGGGCGCAUUGCUUCUACAGGAGUUUCUCCACAGGUAGAGGUAUCAUGUAUCCCCACUCCCACCAGUGUAGUCUCUUCUGCAAUUGGAAAUUCAAAUGGGGAAGAAGUGGGGCCAUCUGUCUAUUUGGAAAGACUAAAAAUCCUCAGGCAGCGAUGUGGCCUUGACAAUGCAAAGCAAGAAGACAGGGCGUCACUGGCCACCCCACUGUCCAAGCCGUCAGUCCCCACAGUUGCAUCCUCUACAGAUAUGCUCCACAGUAAGCUUUCCCAGCUCCGCGAAUCACGGGAACAAUACCAGCACAUUGAUCUGGACUCCAAUCAGACCCAUGCUGGCAUUGGAAGUACCACUUCCUCUUCCACAGCAUCCAAUAUUGAUGACUUGAAAAAAAGACUGGAGAGAAUAAAAAGCAGUCGCAAGUGAAAUUGCGUGAGGCGGUUUGGCUAUUGCAGAGCUGUCCAUCUUUAGUUGACUAAACUAGAAGUCUUCAUAGUUAAGUGGCCUCAUGCAGGCCUUAUGUAUACAAACUUGUUUCUGUGUAUAAUACAGCAGAUCUUGGAGGAGGAUCCAAGUCAAUGUGGCACAAAUCUUUGUAUAUAUUUUGCUUCUUUGUGAGCAUUUCUUGACCGUAGAAGACUGUCCAUGUAUUAGUUUUAGUGUACAGAGCUGUAAACAACAAUUCUCCUCAGUCCAGUUUCUCAAAAUUUGGUUUUAUUUGUUAAGUUGUCUUAUCUUAGCUCUUAACUCUUAGAAACUUUUCAUUGCAUUCAUUUUUAAUUUUGUGAAUUACUUCUCCAUUUAAUCCUUGAACUGUUUCUGUAUGGACGCAUGGCAUGAAGCAACUAAUUUAAGUGUCUUUUUGUAAAUAAAGUUUGCAUUAACUCU